AAAUUUCGGAUUGAGACCCACCAAAAUACGGAUUUUACUCCGGACUUAUCGCUACCACAUUUCGUAAAUCUAAACAAUACUUAAUUAAAAUUAAAUGUCACGUGAAUUUAUUUUAAAUCUACUUCAAAAUAUUCGAGGAGUAUAUAUUUGAGGACAACCACAGCGCCUCCAAUAAAGAGAACAGAAACACGCAGGUUCAAACAGGAGAAACAACCUCCGCGCCUCCUACAAAGAGAGCAAACCAAGUAAGCCUAUGCGCCAUCAAUCCCAUUAUCCCACUCCGCGCGUCGAACUCAUUCCCAGCUUACCAAGAUCCGGCCACUUCCCGCGCCGGCGACCCACCGCAAUGAAGCCCCCGAGCCGCCUCAUCAUCGCCGCGCUGGUCGUCGCCACGUCGCUGCUGGUCCCUAGCCUCCUCAGAUCACCGCUGCCGCCGCUCCCGUGCCUGCCCGCCGUCACUGCCCCCUCAGGCACCGGGUACCAGCCGUCCGGCCUCGCCGCGCUCGCCGACGCCGCCGUCUACUACGCCACCACGCCGACGGUUCCGCAGCAGACGCACGACGAGAUAUCGCUGGCCCUCGCCGUGCUCCGCCGCCGCGCGCCUGUGCGGCUGCUGGUGUUCGGCCUCGGCCACGACUCGCCGCUCUGGCACGCGCUCAACCCCGGCGGCGUCACCGUGUUCCUGGAGGAGGACCCGGAGUGGCACCGCGCCGUGUGCUCGGCGUCGCCGUUCCUGCGCUCCCACCUGGUCAGCUACCACACGCGGCUAGACCAGGCCGACCUCCUCUUCGACAACUACAGGCGGGUCCCGUCCUGCGUCCCCGGCGCCGGCGCCGAUGACGAGCCCGCCGUCCAGGGAAACGACGCGUGCCCGCUGGCGCUGCACGACCUGCCGCCGGAGGUGUACGAGCACGAGUGGGACGUGCUCAUGUUGGACGCCCCCAAGGGGUACUUCGCGGCGGCGCCGGGGAGGAUGGCGGCGAUAUGGACGGCGGCGGCGAUGGCGCGGGCGAGGCGCGGCGAGGGCGACACCGACGUCUUCCUGCACGACGUGGACCGGAAGGUGGAGAAGAUGUACGCCGAGGAGUUCCUCUGCGACCGGUUCCGGGUGGGAGGGGCCGGCCGGCUCUGGCAUUUCAGCAUCCCGCCGGUGUCGCGGCGGGACAACACGACGGCGGCCGGCGGUGGCGAGAGGCCGUUUUGCUGACACCUACGGACAGUGAGACGUCAGAGGUGGGCCUCAGUACAUGGAAAUACCUAUUCGCAAAGAAAACGAUGUGGAAAUAUCAGGACUGCGCGCACGACAGACGUGGAGUCCAGAGGCUACUAAUGUAAUCACUGAUUGAUCUAGUAGCAAUUUUUAUCGCGAAAAUGACCUAUGUGCUGUGGGACUCUGGUACGUCGAUGAAUAUAUAAAGCCAUUGAGCCUGCUAUUGGUGUGAA